UUGGGGCUGUUUGAGUUUAUGUAAUAAAAUUGCAUCUGUUUUCCAUUCUAUAAAGCUUCCACAAUGAAGCAACCAGACGAUCUUAGUACCUACGAGGAAGAACAACCUCAUUCGAUUCGAAUUUUUCUUCAAAAUGCAGGCCUACGAGGUGAAUCUUGGGUGAAACGGUUUACUGAAGCUGGCUAUGACGACGAUACUUUCUUUAUAAAGCCAGUAACCAAGAAGGAACUCUCUGAGAUUGGAAUCACUCAUCCGGGUCACGUUAAUGCAAUAUUGCGAGAAAUCGAUUCUUUACCACAAUUUAGUUUGCCGUCUCGAGUCCCGAAAAAUGUUAGAGACUGGCUACAAGGUCUAAAUCUGGAGAAUUAUUUUGAAUUGUUUAGCGAGGCUGGAUAUGAUAGCGAGAAUGGCAUUGCGAGUCUGGUUGCUCUGAUUGACGAUGAUGACGACAAACAUUGCAAGAUGUCUCUGCGUGAUAUUGGAAUAGAGAAACCAGGCCACUUGAAAAAACUGGAAAUGGGGAUUAAAGCAAUCGCGUACCCCAGUGCUAAAGACAGAGCUAUAACAAAAGCAAAACUUGCGAUUGAUAAAAUGGCGAUUGUUCAGCAGUGCGACGAAUCUAUUGAAGAAUGGCAAUUUUGGACAAGCCUGAUUGAGAAGUAUCUUAAGCCAGACUCGCAGCACUACAGCAAGUUGGAUUUCUUGUCAUCAACAUAA